GAAAGCAAGGAUGGUCAGCCUCAGACAGCCGGCCCAGGGGCAGCCGACACCCAUCAGGCCCUGGCUCUGACUCUCCUAGAAACGGCUGUGCAGUGGAUAUUUGAGCCCGACCCAGCUCCCUGGUACCUGGCCAAGCUGUCGUCGGUGGGCAGCAUCUCCGAAGAGGAGACGUGCGAGAAGCUCAAAGGCCUGAUCCAGAGGCAGGUGCAGAUGUGCAAACGGAACCUCGAGGUGAUGGACUCAGUGCGCCGCGGUGCCCAGCUGGCCAUCGAGGAGUGCCAAUACCAGUUCCGGAAUCGGCGCUGGAACUGUUCCACACUGGACUCCCUGCCUGUCUUUGGGAAGGUGGUGACACAAGGGACCCGGGAGGCGGCCUUCGUAUAUGCCAUCUCUUCGGCAGGCGUGGCCUUUGCAGUGACAAGGGCGUGCAGCAGCGGUGAGCUGGAGAAGUGCGGCUGUGACCGGACAGUGCACGGGGUCAGCCCACAGGGCUUCCAGUGGUCAGGAUGCUCGGACAACAUCGCCUAUGGCGUAGCCUUCUCACAGUCUUUUGUGGACGUCCGGGAGAGGAGCAAGGGGGCCUCCUCCAGCCGGGCACUCAUGAACCUUCACAACAACGAGGCUGGCAGGAAGGCUAUCUUGACACACAUGCGGGUGGAGUGCAAGUGCCAUGGGGUGUCGGGCUCCUGCGAGGUAAAGACGUGCUGGCGUGCUGUACCGCCCUUCCGCCAGGUUGGCCACGCGCUAAAGGAGAAGUUUGACGGUGCCACGGAGGUGGAGCCACGUCGCGUAGGCUCCUCCCGGGCGCUGGUGCCGCGGAAUGCACAGUUCAAGCCACAUACAGAUGAGGACCUGGUAUACCUGGAGCCCAGUCCGGACUUCUGUGAGCAGGACAUCCGCAGUGGCGUGCUAGGCACGAGGGGCCGCACGUGCAACAAGACAUCUAAGGCCAUUGAUGGCUGCGAGCUACUGUGCUGCGGCCGCGGCUUCCACACAGCACAGGUGGAGCUGGCUGAGCGCUGCGGCUGCAGGUUCCAUUGGUGCUGCUUUGUCAAGUGCCGGCAGUGCCAGCGGCUCGUGGAGAUGCACACGUGCCGGUGACUGUGCCUGUCUGUGCCCAGGACCACCUGCGUGGCCCAGAGAAGGCCAAUAACUUAAACAGUCUCCCACCACCUACCCCAAAAGAUACUGGUUGUAUUUUUUGUUUUGGUUUGGUUUUUGGGUCCUCAAGUUAUUUAUUGCCAAAAAACAAAAAACAAAAAGGCAACCCCAAGGGCACCAACCAGGGCCUCCCCGAGCCUGAGCCUUUGUGUGUGGCUGCCUCUGACCAAAGGGACUUUGUUUAUGCCUCUGGCUGUCCACAUUGACCACUGUUGACUACUCAGCUCUUGUCAGUGUCCAGUUUUCUACACGUAGACUGAAAAAGUAGGUAAUAAGGAGUGGCUGUAGACCCCACUGUCCAGGGAAACAGAUGGCCCAGCGGCACGGAUGGCAGGUUCCUUCUUGGCGGAAUUUCUAUCACCUGCAGUAAAGGAGCUGACACCUCUCCACCCCACACAUACUAGGGGACCACCAGUAACAAUGGUUCUGAGGGUCCCUAGAAAGGGAACGGACAGAUAUCAGGUUAAAGGCUAAGGGCUCGGCCCUCACAUGAGCAGCUGGAUUCCAGGCAAGCACGGGUGAGUUAAGACAAGGACACCCGCGUGAGGCCAGCCCACCUCAGUCUCCUCCGUGGGAGGGGAAACCGCCCCUACUCCCAGACCCUCCUAGGCAAGGGUUAAGCUGUCAUCCUGGAUUAGGUCCUAGUCACACACCCUGCCCCCUGUUGUGAGUCACCAACACAGUUCUGUCCUCUGUGAAGCUGAGAAAUGGAAAUGUCGCAGACAGGAAAGGGCUGGACAAAGAGAUCCCACCCUGUGAUAUCUCUCUCCCUCACUUAACAAAACCUACUGAGCAAACACUAUGCCCCACCAGACCCUGUUCUGGGGUAUCUCCCUUGAUGAUCACAUCUGUCCUGGGAACAAACAUGGAUGCCCACGCCCUCUCUGCAGCAAGUAGUGAUGCCUGUCAUCCCCAUAAGACCUUGGCAGAGGCAGAGCCGGGCUCCUCCCUGGGCCUGAGCAGUGGGCGAGGGGCUCUGGCUAUAACAAAAGGCACAGGGAGACAGGGAACCAGAGACCACAGGCUGGGUUGGAGCCCACAGGGCUGCAAAGGGCUAGGAGGCUGAGUGGAAGGGGACAGUUAGAGGGCUGCCUAAUUAGGUCUCAGAAUCCAAGGCACCUCCAUCCCCAGGACCCUGGGUCCCCAAGGCCUCAAGUACAGUAAGGACAAAAAGUUCCCCAAGGGACAGCUUCCAUACCUGGUGCCUGGCCCAGUACACCAGCCAGACUGUCAAGAACCUACCAAAUGCUCUGUGAACAGGACACACAGAGUAACCAACUGCUCGGAGGAACUUUCCAGCCUGAUGUCCACGUGGCCCCCCAGGUCCAGGACUCCAGGUUUGAUGCUUCAGCUCUGAGAUUCCCCUUGGUGACUGCAAUCCCAAGCUCUUUGCUAUUGGGUGGUGCGAACGCCACCAUCCAGGAUUCUGAAUACGGGCGCUGGCCUGCACAAACGCUCCCCUGGGCCUGUGGUUUGUGCCUUUCUGGCGUUGGCUCCCUGACGAAGAGGGUCAACACCCUUGGCCCCCAUCCAAGCUCUCUGCUCAUUGUCCAUCUGAAGAGGCAGCCAAAACCAAGUGAAAUGCUGGUACCACAUUCAAAUGCAAGGAUGAUCUUGGGCAGGCCAUCUCUGAUGUGGAUGAAAGCUGAGCUGACCAAGGGUCCCCACAGCUGCCCAGCUGGACCCCCUGAUCCUCUGGUAGACUUAGUUCAGCGCCAGGGAAGAUGUGACACCCCCCGCAACACACACACACAGAGCCAGGCCCAGACUACAGAAGCAUGGGGCCACCCCUUCAGAGAAUGCUGAGCCAAGUUCCACAUCCAGUGGGGUCGAGACUGCUUGUCAUUUUGUGGACACUGUACCAAGAAGGAGGGUACCUAGCUCCCUAUGCUGAUCCUCCCGGAGU